AUGUGGGCCCGGGGCCACAGACGCUGCCAGUGCAACCCGGAGUCCAGGCCCGCCUCGCCCAAGCGCCCUCGCAGAAGCCAGUCACCUGAAGCCGCCGAGCCCCUGGAGGCGCUCACGUCCAAGCUCUCCAACCAGAUGGGAGCCCUCGAAGUGGUCCUGGAUGAGUUGCGGGCCCCGGGGGGCGCCUUCCUACCGGUGGCCACCGACCGCACGGAGCCCACGGCCUCGCAGCGCGCCUGGCUCACCUGGCAGCUGACGCACGCGGGCGCCGCCCUGCACUGGGCGCUGCCGGCGCUGGAUUCCCUGCUCGCUGCGCACCACCGACCUCCGGGCCCGCAGGGGGCUGUCCGGAAGCUAGACAAGGCCACACCCUCUGCUCACCUGGUCAUUCCCUGGUCCACUUCUGAGGCAUCCAGACGUGUGCUGCUGAUGGGAGACAUGGACACAAUGAAAGGGGCUGCAAGUGGCAGAAGGUCUGACCAGCAGAAACAAGGUGUCUCCCACAGGGAAAAUGGAAGGAUUUCCUCCAAGGAAGAAAACCUGUCUGUAAAAGAGAAGGGAGGAGAUCGACAUCCCUCAGAAAGACAAAGAGAAAAACGAAGCAUGGAGACACAAGACGGCUCUCGGGGCAAAGCAGAGGUCACCAGGCACAAGCGAUGCAGAAGCCGGGAUGGCUCCCCUGAGAGUCACAAGAGAAACGGCCAUGAAGAAGAGAAGGUGAGGGGAAGACCGCCCCCAGCCCAGUGGAGAGCUAAGGAGCAUCCAAACUCCUGCAGAGCAGGACUUUACCACAGAGGAGGUUCUGCCCAUACUUCCGGGCGUCUCCACGACAGGGGGGCCCGGUUCCGAUCGCCAAUGUGGGCCCGGGGCCACAGAUGCUGCCAGUACAACCCGGAGUCCAGGCCCGCCUCGCCCAAGCGCCCUCGCAGAAGCCAGUCACCUGAAGCCGCUGAGCCCCUGGAGGCGCUCACGUCCAAGCUCUCCAACCAGAUGGGAGCCCUCGAAGUGGUCCUGGAUGAGUUGCGGGCCCCGGGGGGCGCCUUCCUACCGGUGGCCACCGACCACAUGGAGCCCACGGCCUCGCAGCGCGCCUGGCUCACCUGGCAGCUGACGCACGCGGGCACCGCCCUGCACUGGGCGCUGACGGCGCUCGAUUCCCUGCUCGCCGCGCACCACCGACCUCCGGGCCCGCAGGUCUACCCGCCCUGGGCGCCUGGGCCUUAGGGGCGCACCUCGCCUUUCUCCACCACUUCUCUGGUCUUGCAAGGCUCCGAGACAGCAUCUCAGUACCCUGAGGCGAAGAACUUCCUCCACAAAAGACAGAAACCCACCUGAGGGACAAUGUUCCUCAGGGACCAGACCUCAUCGCCCGCUGCACCCCAGCUCAGGGAGAUGUGUUCCUGUGUCCAGAAGUCAGCCUGCUAGGAUGUGCAUUCAGAGGACAACGCUUGUUUAAUCCUAUGGCUCAGAUUGCAGACCUUAGUGAUGUGAUUUGUGCCUUUGCAUCCCUCCGUAUUUCCUGUUUUAUUUGAAAAAUGAAAUGAGAGACAGGUGGAUGGGGGGUGGCGAGGAGAAAGAAUGAUAGACAGAUGAGAUGUAGAGACAGAGAUAGAUUCCUGGAGUGGGUUCCACUCUACGGAACAAUUAUCUUUUUUGGGUUUUUCUAGAGAUUGGGUUUUUUGAGGUUAUGGUUAGAAACCUACUUUGAACAAAUCUUCAUAUCCAAUGAGAAAUCGGAUUGUAUGAAGAACUUUGUAGAUUUUUGGUGCUGAAAUUAAAACUACACUUUUACUUAUUAUAGAGCAUUGUGUUCUGCGUGGACUGCAAUAAAUUUUUAAAUAUUGCAA